AUGCAGCUUAUCGAUGUACCUCAACAAAAUAUACUGGCAUCAGCAGUUGAAUCGAACAACAUUGUCUACUUUACACGUGCGCCUUCCACAACUGCACCACUGACUGUUGAAUGGGUUACGAGUCCACGUUCGUGGCGUCCACCACCGGACCCAAACGCGAACCAGCCUGAAUGGGUCGAAACUACAACAACCGAAUCGCCAUCGAGAGUGAUCAACGGGUGUGAAAUAAGCGAUGACUGCCAUUUCAGCUACGAGCAAGACCUUCUCUGUGCUCAUCCUAGCGAUCCUUCACGAUACCUUCAAUGCACGCCGAUGAUUGGAAGGCGAGGCCGUUGGAUCGAGAGAAAUUGUCCGCCAUCGUUAAUUUUCAUUCAGUCCUAUGCAGCCUGUGGAAGGGAUGUA